AAAAGAGCGAGCGCAGGAACAGGGAUGCUUGCCAGACUCCCAUCGAUAGAGCGUAGAGUGCAAGUGAGGACAUUCUCAGUGCAGCUUUACUCUCUCUCUGGUGCGCGCGGGUUCACUUCCCGUCCUAUAUUUCCACGCACGCUUUCGCCAUGGAGUGUACUAAUGGUGAAGGCCCAUUGGGGAUCUCCCCUUCAGAACCCACAAAUCCUGUAUGGGUGAAGAGGAAGAAGCCGAUGAGGGGCUUCUCACAUCUCGCUCCCAGGAACCCUCUCGAAAUCACCUAUUUCGAUGUCCAUUACUGGGUUCCUGAUGGACGUAGAGGGAUGAAGGAGAUCCUGAAGGGUUUGGAUGGGAGGAUGAAGCCCGGGGAAUUGACAGCCAUCAUGGGACCAAGCGGAGCUGGAAAGAGCAGCCUCAUGAACAUCCUCGCCGGUUACAGACAAAACGGAGUGACGGGGAAGGUGGAGAUGAACGGGCGGGAGAGGGAUUUGCGGGUGUUUCGCCACCUGAGCACGUACAUCCCGCAACAGGAUCAUGUGAUUCCCAACCUCACCGUCAUGGAAUCUAUGCGCGUGGCUGCCAACCUCAAACUCCCCAGCUCCAUGCCUUCUAAAGACAAGCUCACUACUGUAGUUGAGAUCCUAGAACAUUUGGGUAUCCAGAAUUGUGCAGAAACAAGAGCUGGGUGUCUUUCAGGUGGCCAGAAGAAACGACUUUGUAUUGCCCUUGAGCUUGUCAACAACCCCCCUGUCCUCUUCUUUGAUGAACCCACCAGUGGACUGGACAGCUCAUCUUGCCUGCAGUGUGUGUCCCUAUUGAAGAUGCUGGCAAGUGAGGGAAGAACAGUGAUCUGCACCAUACAUCAACCCAGUGCAAGGAUCCUGGAAAUAUUUGAUCAUCUGAUUCUCCUCAGUGAAGGCAUGUGUCUUUACAAUGACACUAUCGCCUCAUUGGUACCCUACCUCAAGCUAUUCAAUCUUCAUUGUCCCUCAUAUCACAAUCCAGCUGACUUUGUGAUGGAAGUCGCAGUUGGUGACCAUGGGAGGGAAGCUAUGAAAGCUUUAUGUGAUGCUGUCAAACUGAAUGCCACAAAGCCCCCUGAGCUGGAAAUUCCUGAUCCUGAAACUCCCUUGGAUGCCAAUGGCCAGUCUUCCACUCCUCUAUCUGGGCUUUGGGGCAGAAUUGAGAACUCCAUGAGGAAGAAACUGACUAAGGAGACUAAGCCGGAGUUCAUUGAUGAUUUAAAAGCAGAGUAUGCUGUGUCUUUUGCAAAGCAAGUACAAUGUUUGUACCUGAGGUUUUUGAAGACUACUACUAGGGAUUUGAUGCUCAUGUACAUUCGAGGAGGGAGUCAUGUUGUGGCUGGUCUCUUCCUGGGGAUCAUGUACUUUGAUAUGGGGGAUGAUGCCAUGAGUGUGUAUCGCAAUGCCAGUGCACUUUUCUUCACCAUUAUCUUGGUUUUUUAUGCCUCCAUGAUGCCUACCGUACUCACAUAUCCAUUGGAAGUCCCAGUGCUGCUGAGAGAGAUCCUCAAUAAAUGGUACUCCCUCAAGGCAUAUUAUGUGGCCAAGACAUUAGCUGAUGUCCCCUUUGCUGUCCUUUGUACUUUCAUAUACCUACUGAUCUGUUACUACAUGACAUCACAGCCAUUGGAUGCCCAUAGGUUUUUUAGAUACCUCGCCAUCAGCACAUAUAUUGCCCUUGUUGGUCAGACUCUUGGGCUCAUGAUUGGAACCCUCUUUGACAUCCAGGCAGCAGUGUUUUUGGGCCCAGUGUUCACAGCACCCUUCCUCUUAUUCUCAGGGUUCUUCUUGAGUGUGAAAGCAAUGCCAAAAUAUAUUCGCUGGCUUUCCUAUGUCUCCUUCCUCAAAUACUACUUUGAGGGAACAAUGUUCUGUAUAUAUGGCUACAACCGACCUGAUCUCCAGUGCAAUCAGCCUUACUGUCAUUUCAAGAAUCCUGACAAGUUCCUCAGAGAAAUGGACUUGGAAGAGAAUGUCUAUUGGGAAGACUUUUGGGUCCUGGUUGCCUACAACAUUGUCUUACGCUUUGCAGCAUACUUUGUCCUCCGGUGGAAGCUUCAUCACUCUCGGUGAUGCUGAACAUGCCAUUUCUCUUCCAUUGAAAUGUUCACCGGGUGAUAUUUAUUGGGGCUCAGAAAUUGAGACUCCAAAUUUCUGUGAUGAUGACCUUUAUGUGCAUACAACCUUGUAAGUAGACUAAUUGUGUUGUGAUUCCUGCAAUUUUACUUUCUUUUAAGAGAAUUGACAUCC